AUGAUCUCGAAAAAAGAAGAUGUGGCAAUAGGAAACGCAAUAUGGAUUAUGAUGGAAAGAAUUGAAGAACACUGCAAACGGAUCUACAACAAGAAAAUGAACAGGAGGAGACAGGAACCGGACAUGGAGGAUGGACUAUCAACUGGAAUCAAUGGAGCCGCAAGCCUUCUCCGACUAUUCAUUCAAGAUAGGAUUACUCAUAAUCCUAAUGAAUGGUGCAAGACUGGAGGUGCUGUACAAAAUAAAGAAAGGAGACAUUCUGGUAUUCAACCACCCAACAACUGGAGAAACUUGAUGCCUUUUGAGGUACUAUGGAAAACGGAGAAACCUGAAAGCCAACCAUGUCUUUUCACCAACGUAUUACAAGAAUACGCUUAA